AUGCCUUCCGGCCCACGCCGGUCCUUACCGCUCCAUCCGCCACCUCCUUUCGCUGGCCUGAUUCCUCCUCGCUCCGAUCCGGAGAUUCCUCACGUCGUCUCCGCCGUUCCGAGUAGUUAUUUUCCACAUCACAUCCCCGUCAACGCAAGUGCUGCCGCCUUGCACCCAUCUCUUGUACCCCCGCACUCCGCAGCUUUGCCUCUCGGGAUCGCGCUCCCGCCUUUAACGGGAGCCCCGCUCCCCGUACGCGCAGAACUCGCAGCACUGGGCACUGGGGCCGCGGGCGGAAUUAGCGCGAUUGGUCCGGGAGGGGUGCCGCUUUUUGGCGCGGGGGAGGCCAGCGGACAAAUGCCCGCGCCUUCCGGCUGGCAGCCCGAUCCGCAAACGGUCAUGGCGAUUGCAGCCGCAGCGGCGGCGGCGGCGGCGGCUGCUGCGCAGGGACAGCGCGGAGCAGCGGCGGAAACGGCCGGGGGAUUGGCGCAACCAGCAAAGUUCUUACCGGGGCUCGCGGGUCUCGGUCCGGUCGCUGGGCUCGGCGCGCUGGGAUUGACCGGCGGGUCUGCUGUCACCGCAAUGUCUACUUUUCCGGGAAUGACUUCUUGUGGCGCUGCGGCCCUAGGCUCGUCAUUAGCCCCCGAAGCGUACAGGGGAUUUACGGGAGUUAACGAGCUUGAUCCUACUGUCAACCCUUCCCUUCUUUCCUCUUUCGCGGCGUCGAGUCCCGCUACCGGCCCCGCCGCCGCAGCCGCCGCUGCUGCCGCUGUCGCCGCCGGUGGUGCCGGCCAUCUUCUUCCCGCGCUCUGGCGCCUCAAUCCAUCGGCGGCUGCGGCGGCAAUGGCGGCUGCUGCGGCGGCAGCUGGUGCCGCGGGAGCUGGUGGUGGGAGGGCGGACGCCACAUUCGCAAUUGGCGGCACCGGCGGUUUCGGCGGAGCUCCGCUUACUCAUGAGCAUCUGUGGGCUUCGCGUGGAGAAAGGAACAGUGGUGGGGACGGGGAGGGCAAGCGGACGGGAAGCGGCAGCGGCGGAGGCAGGCGGAGCGGGGAAGGCAGGCGCACGGGAAGCGGCAGCGGCGGAGGCGGGGAAGGCGAGCGCAGGAGAGAUGAAGGGAGCGGAAGCGGCGGGCGCGGUGGCUUGGAUUGCGCGGCGUCGAGAGCAGCUAUCCGCGCGGUGGCGGCGAUAAGCAUCACAGACAGCGGAAGCCGGGUGGGCGUGGGCGGGGAGGGAGUGGAUAGCGUACGCGGAGGGGGAAGGGCAGCUGCGGAGAUUGCGUGCGGCGGGGGCCGAACGGGGGGGGCAGCAGCGAGCAGUCAGAGCCCUAGUGUGACUGUAUCGGAAUCAGUGAUUGGUGGUUACACUAACGCUGGUGCGGCUGUGGGUGUUUCGGCGGAUGCUGCCGCUGAAACAGCUGGUACCAGUGCCGCCGCUCGCUCCGCUAUGAUGCUCAACCAUGGUCCUGCUCAAGCCUAUAACGCGUACACAUCACAACCGCCAGUCGCGCAUCGUCCCCCUCACCCUCCGCCUCCGCCUCCUCCGCCUGAUCUUCGCCCUCCCUCUCGCCCAUCCUUCCCCCCGGCACCUUCCGCGCGCCCCGCCCUUCCCCCGAAUCCAACCGCCCCCACGCUAUGCUCCCCGGGACAGUUUUUCCUGCCGUCGGCCGCCAACCCGUUUGCUGUGGCGGCGGCAGCAAUGGCGGCCGCGGCGGCGGCAGGAGGAGGGGGAGCGGGUGAAGGCGGUUCGGGUGCGGGGCUCAACCCCCUUCUGGGCGCGCUCUCGCUUCCUCUAUUCGCAAACGCCGCCGCUCCGCUCGGAGCUGGUACAGGCGGAGUGGGGGCGGCGGGGCUUAGAGCGCUGGGAGCGGGAGCGGGAGCGGGAACCGGCGGGGAGAAUACAGCAGCCGCUGCUGCGGCAGCGUUUCGAGCAGCAACAAAUUUUGGAGCAGCAGGGUUAGGAGCAGGGCUGGGCGGAGGGCUGGGGGCAGGAGCGGUAGGGGGAGGAGGGGGAUACGGAGGCACGACCGCAGCUGCAGCCGCAGCCUCCGCAGCAGCAGCAUUAGCAGCUGCAGCGUUCGCCGUAGCCUCUGCUCCUUCCUCCACUGCUGCCGCUGCAGCUGCAGCGGCGGCCGCGGCAGCAGCGGCAGCGGCGGCAGCAGCAGCGUCAGCUUCGGAGGAACCUUCCUCAUCGAUGGUUCCAGCUGUUAUGGGCCUUGGCGGAACGAGAUUGGCAGCGGAUGCGGGGUUUCCUGGGGUGGGUGGAUACGGAGGGGCUGGAGGUAUGGGAGCGGCAGCUCUGGGGGCAGGGCUAGCAGGAGCAGCUGGUUUCCCUGCUCUCUUCGGUGCCCCUGCCCUGGGCGGCCACAUGACCCGCCAUACCACACGCAAGCGACGCGUUUCCUCCGCGUCUACUGCUGCUGCUUGUGGCGCUGGUGGUGGUGCUGCUGGCGCCGCUGCUACUGGUGGUGCUGGUGAUGCCUGUGUGGAAAAGCUGGGGAAGGUUGCAGGGGAAGGAGCAGCGGGUGGUGGUGGCUUCAGAGAGAAAGGUGCUGCUGCUGCUGCCGCCGCUGGUGGUGGUGGUGGUGUGGGCGCACAUGCGGCAACGGGGGCGGAAGAAGAAAAGACAGCGCAAGGAGACUUCACGGGGGACAAUCGCAGGGGCCGUAUGAGGCGCAGGGCAAUCCGGCCUGAAGCGAGCACCGGGGCAACAGCAACAGCAGCAGGCCUCCAAGACGGUGGCUUUUCGCCCUGGAUGGCGGCUCCUCGCAGUCCCAUUGGCAUUGGCGUUGGCACCGUCGGCGCAGGCGCCCGUGGCGGAAUUGGUGGUGGUGGCGGGGGUAUUGGUGGCGGGGGUAUUGGUGGCGGGGGUAUUGGUGGCGGGGGUGGUGGCGGGGGUGGUGGCGGUGGUGGUGGUGGUGGUGGUGGUGGUGGUGGUGGUGGUGGUGGUGGUGGUGGUGGUGGUGGUGGUGGUGGUGGUGGUGGUGGUGGUGGUGGUGGUGGUGGUGGUGGUGGUGGUGGUGGUGGUGGUGGUGGUGGUGGUGGUGGUGGUGGUGGUGGUGGUGGUGGUGGUGGUGGUGGUGGUGGUGGUGGUUGUGGAGGAGGCGUGGGCUCAGGCAAUGCAAGAGCAGCAAUUGCAGGCGCGCCGCUGACGGCCCUCACGUCGUCGUCAUCAUUUUCAGGAGUAGCAGCAGCAACACCAGCAUCUGGAGCAUCGACAGCAGCAGCUGCCACCGCCGCAGCAGCAGCAGCGGCAGCAGCAGCUGCUGCUGCAACAGCAGCAGGAGCAGGCGCAGGGGCAACAUUAGGUGUUGGCCCUUCGGGUCUUCCCUGGGCUCACUCACCCGCCGCCUCACCGCUCGUCCCCGUAAUCCACUCCUCUGCAUCCCUCUACGCGCCCUACCACUCCCACAGUUAUUCUCUUGCCUCAUCCUCCCGCGCAGGGCCCAUGAGCCCACCCAGUGCAGCAGGCAGCAGGGCAGGCAUAGGAACCACCGCCGCCGCCGCCGCCGCUGCUGCUGCUGCUGCGGCUGCAGCUGCUGCUGCUGGUGGCGGUGCUGCUGCGGAUGCUGGUUCAAUCGACGUGGUUGCGUCGCUGGGAAGCGCCGGCUCUGCAUUUGGAUCGGGGAGAGGAGGAGGAGGAGGAGGAGGAGUGCGGUCAGAGUCGUCUGGCUUCGGAUCGUCCAUACCCUCUCACCAUGCGCUCGUCAGCUCUGCAGGCUCAUCACCGGCCUAUGCCCUCACCACGCCUCCGGUAGUCAGUCAGGUGCUGGGACGGACCACGGAACCGCCGCCUGCGUUCGUGUUCUCCUCAGCUUCGCUCUCCAACGCCCCUGCGACUGCUCUUAAAGCGUGGAGGCCCACCCAAAUGGGCCUGGGCGACUGGGGCGUUAACGAUCCGAGUCACGCAGACGAAACGGCUGCUAGAGCGGCUGCUGCUGCUGCUGCUGCCGCCGCCGCCGCUGCUGCUGCUGCUGCGGGGACAGCAGGGGCUGCUGCGUCGGCGACUGCUGCUGCUGCCGCGUGGGCAGCGGGUGUUGUUGGUGCGCGGGGCGGAAGGGGAUUGGAGGAGGGCGGGUGGCACACUGAGGUGUCUGCCGCUGCUGCUGCUGCAGCGGCGGCGGUGCUGGCGGGGCAGGAAGCGGCAAUGGAAGAGGAGCAUCAGAUGCAGAAAGGCGGGCGGAAGAGAAUGCGCGAUUGGACUGCCACGCCGUCAGGCCCGUUCUUCUUCGAGGGCCCGUCCCCUCAUCCUCACUGGUGGUCCCCGUAUGCUGCGAGCACAUCAGCUGCAGCAGCUGCAGCCACGGCAGCGGCAGCGGCUGCAGCGGCAACAACGGGAAUGACGGCAGCUGCUGCUUCUGCCUCUGCUUUUUCAACAGCACCUGUUGCCUUCCCUCCUUCCAUAGAUGUUUUCCCCCUUGCUGCACCCACAGCUUCUCCACCCCCGCCUCCACCUCCUCCUCCUCCUCUUCCUCUUCCUCCUCCUCCUCCCCCCCUCGCUUCCCCUGCAGCCUUCUUUCUCCCCAACAUCUCCCACCAGUUCCCUCGCCCUACCAUUCCUGCGCAUUCCUCCAAACCUUCUACUGCACCCGUGGCCGAGCUAGUGGGUGCCGGGGCGGUCGAUGCAGCAAACGCACCGUGGCAUCUGUUACACGUGCACGCGCUCGCCUCUGCCGCUCGGGAGAGCGGCACGCAGUCAAAGAAAAGGAGGGAGAGGAUGGUUCUAGAGGAGGUGGUUCUGGGGGAUGGGGUGGGUGGGACAGGUGCUGCAGCUGGGUAUGCAAGUGGUGAUGCUGGUGGUAGCUCGGCUGGUGUGGUGGUUGCUGCAGGAGCGGGGAUGAGAGGCCGCGAGACUGCUGCAGCACGAGGACAGCAGCAGCAGCAGCAGGGCCGCAGAGCCUUGGCUCCUGGCUUCUUGGGGGCAAGUCACAGCAGCAGCAGUGCUGCUGCUGUUGGGGCUAGUGGCGUUAGAGCCGUUCACGCUGGUGCUGCUGAUGCUGGUGGCGUUGGUAUUGCUGGUGCGGACCCGAGCUUGCACUUGUGGGGGUUUGGACAGGAGGCGACUGCUCCCACAGAGGCACAGAGAGGAGGGGAUACGGGAGCUGGUGCAUGGAUGCAACAGGCAGAGGAACGGACAGAAAGAGUGUGUCUGUGUGUCGUUGUGCCGCCUCGUCCCUGUGCUCCUCGCAACAGCACGUGCUCCACGGCUCCUGCUUAUCGUCCUUCCUUUUCCUCCUCCUGUCCGCCCUCCUAUCCCUCCUAUCCUCCCUCCAUUUCGGCAUCCGUUGCAACGGGUGCUGCUAUUGCCCGCAACGUCAACCUUACUGAAGGUACCCUGGGAUGGGACAUGAAUGCACCGCUUUCUGUGUACGAUCUUAACACAUUACCACGACUACCACCACCAAUGUAA